CACCAAACCAUGCCUGGUUUGAAGUUUGGAAAUCUGAAAGUUGAUCAUCCUUUGAAAUGAAGAUGAAUGAUGAAAUGAGAUGCAGAGGUUUUGUUCGAAAUCUGAUAAUGAUUAUGAUCCUAGUCCAUUCAAGAAGAUGGAUUAGUGCACAGGAAGUUGAGGAUGAGAGUGAGUUUGAUUACAUAAAAGAGAGUGAGAAGGGUCCCUCACACUGGGGGGAACUGAAGAAGGAAUGGGAAACAUGUAAAACUGGAAAAAUGCAGUCUCCAAUUGAUUUGUCAAGCCACAGGGUCAGGCUGGUGCCAAAGUUGGGGCAGCUAAACAAGCACUAUAAGCCUCAGAAUGCUACUGUCAAGAACAGAGGCCAUGAUAUUGAGCUGAAAUGGGGAGAAGAUGCUGGAUCAUUAAACAUCAAUGGCAGUGAAUUUUUUCUGCGUCAGUGCCAUUGGCACUCACCUUCAGAACAUACCAUCAAUGGAAGGAGGUAUGACUUGGAGCUCCACAUGGUUCAUGAAAGAAGAAGCGAAAAUGGGAAAGUGAAUAUUGCUGUUGUUGGUCUUCUGUUCAAGAUUGGUCGACCGGAUCCCAUUCUCAACAAGUUGUCAAAAAUCAUAGAAAGCAUGGUGGAUAAUGAAGCAGAAAAGAAAAUUGGGGUGUUUGAUCCCUCAGAAAUUAAGUUGGGUGGGAAGAAGUAUUACAGAUACAUUGGCUCCCUCACUGUCCCUCCUUGCACAGAAGGUGUCAUUUGGACUAUCAAUAAAAAGAUCAAAACUGUGUCCAGGGCACAAGUGAAUUUACUUAGAGAGGCUGUCCACGAUCAUGCAGAGAAGAAUUCGAGACCUGUACAAGCGCUGAAUAAACGAGGGAUACAACUCUAUGGACCAAAACGCAAGGAAUAAAUUUAUCACAUAAUUUUCUUUUGUCUGUCUAUUAUACGGGUUUUCUUGUAAUAAUUUGUUUUUGGUAGUGUUUAUGUAAUCGUAUAUAUAAUAGACAGCUAUAUGCAUAUUAAUCAGAAUAAUGAUAG